AUGAGUUAUUUAGAAAAGGUCGACAGAUACCUGGACUCCCUCAAAGUCGGGAAAAGCGCAAUGGUGGACUCCUGGUUCAUGAUGUCAAGUCCUAUGCCAAUUCUUUCGGUCGUGGUGGCAUACCUGAUCCUCAUUCGCAUUGGACCAAAAAUUAUGAAGAACCGACCACCGUUACAGAUGAACAAGCUCAUCGCUUACUACAAUGCUUCGCAAGUUUUCUUGGCUGCUAUGAUUUGUUUUAAGGUGUUCACAUUAAACCUCUUCAGGGAUGGCAUCAUUUACGCAGGGUGUCGCUAUCCAUCCAAUACUCAAAAUCCAUGGUUGCUGGAUUUGGGAUGGUGGUAUUUCUUUGCGAAAUUUACUGAGCUUCUGGACACAGUAUUCUUUAUACUCAGAAAGAAGGAAAAACAGGUGACGUUCCUCCAUGUAUACCAUCACGUGAUUAUGGCCCUCUAUUCCUGGAGUUAUCUCAAGUUUGCAGCUGGAGGAGAGGGGGCUGUGCUUGCUCUUUUAAACUCCUUCGUCCAUGUUGUUAUGUAUUCCUAUUACUUGCUGUCAGGUCUGGGACCCAGGUUUCAAAAGUAUUUAUGGUGGAAGAAAUACGUUACUAAGUUACAGUUGAUUCAAUUUAUGUUAAUGCUUGCCUACUGCAGCUGGACACAUUUUUCUCCACGUUGUCAAUACGCAUCUGGUUUUACUUAUUUCAUCUGCUCAAACAUUACAAUUUUCCUAUUUCUUUUCCUCAAUUUCUACUAUAAGAGCUACAAAAAGAGUAGAACGGAAAAAGAAAUCAAAGAUGAGUAUGAAAAAGCUCAUAAUGGUGCUCAAACUAGUAAAAAUGGGGUCUGUAAAAACGGAGUCAAACAGAAGAAAGAAAAUGGAGUGCAUGCAUGUGUUUGUAAAACCAUUUCAAAUUUAGAAGAUGACGUUCCUUAUGAUAUUAAAGCAGGAGGAGAUUACAUUCAUGAUUCAAAUUUCAUCUUAUCAAGACGUACAGGUAAAACAACUUAUGGUGCGGAAUAUGACUUUGAUAGUAUAAUAAAGAAAUGA